GAGGUAGUGGCAAUAGCGCUUCCCAAAAGCUCAAAGAAACCCCAAUAAAACCUCUGAAUUCACAUUUCCACACUUACGGCUGAGGCUCUGCAACUGGAAACCCCUAACCCUACAACUUGCUCUCUGGUAUUCGAUCCCAAGCUCCAGUUUCAAUGGCGGCGAUGCUGCAACCCCAGAUCAUACUGUUGAAGGAAGGGACGGAUACGUCGCAAGGGAAGCCACAACUGGUGAGCAACAUCAAUGCGUGCAUGGUGGUGGCGGACGUGGUGCGAACUACGCUGGGUCCGAGAGGGAUGGAUAAACUGAUCCACGAUGACAAAGGUAACACUACCAUUUCUAAUGAUGGAGCAACCAUCAUGAAACUGCUUGACAUCGUUCAUCCAGCCGCGAAGAUUCUCGUCGAUAUCGCCAGAUCUCAAGACUCAGAGGUAGGUGAUGGAACCACUACAGUGGUCCUUCUUGCAGGGGAGUUUCUAAAAGAGGCCAAACCGUUUAUUGAGGAUGGAGUUCACCCUCAGAAUCUCAUAAGGAGUUACAGGACUGCAUCCUCUCUGGCAAUGAACAAGGUCAAAGAACUUGCUGCAAGUAUAGAGGGAAAAAGCCUGGAAGAAAAGAAAAGCUUAUUGGCCAAAUGUGCAGCUACUACACUCUCCUCAAAGCUCAUUGGUGGUGAAAAGGAGUUUUUUGCAUCCAUGGUUGUUGAUGCUGUCAUUGCUAUUGGAAGUGACGAUAGACUAAAUUUAAUUGGAAUAAAGAAGGUUCCAGGGGGUAACAUGCGAGACUCUUUUCUUGUAAAAGGUGUCGCCUUCAAAAAGACGUUUUCUUAUGCUGGUUUUGAGCAGCAACCAAAGAAGUUUCUAAAUCCAAAGAUACUGUUGUUGAAUGUUGAAUUGGAGCUAAAGUCCGAGAAGGAAAAUGCAGAGAUAAGACUCUCAGACCCUUUACAGUAUCAAUCAAUUGUUGAUGCUGAAUGGAAUAUAAUCUAUGACAAGUUGGAUAAGUGUGUGCAGAGUGGGGCUAAAAUUGUACUCUCAAGGCUGGCAAUUGGUGAUUUGGCAACACAGUAUUUUGCAGACCGAGAUAUUUUCUGUGCCGGUCGUGUAACUGAGGAGGAUCUGCAACGUGUUGCUGCAGCAACUGGUGGAACUGUACAGACUUCUGUUAACAACAUCAUUGAUGAGGUUCUGGGGUCCUGUGAGCUCUUUGAGGAAAGGCAAGUUGGAAAUGAGCGAUUUAAUAUAUUCAGUGGAUGCCCAUCUGGUCAGACAGCGACUAUUGUUCUUCGUGGUGGAGCUGAUCAGUUCAUUGAGGAAGCUGAGCGGAGUCUACAUGAUGCCAUUAUGAUAGUAAGAAGGGCUAUAAAGAACUCUACUGUUGUUCCUGGUGGCGGCGCCAUAGAUAUGGAGUUAAGUCGGUACUUGAGGCAGCAUGCACGGACAAUAGCCGGAAAGGCUCAGCUUUUUAUAAAUUCCUAUGCGAAAGCACUUGAGGUUAUUCCACGGCAACUGUGUGAUAAUGCUGGCUUUGAUGCAACUGAUGUGCUGAACAAACUCAGGCAGAAACACGCUCUUCCAUCUGGUGAGGGUGCACCUUAUGGGGUAGAUAUUAAUACUGGUGGAAUUGCGGAUUCAUUUGCUAACUUUGUUUGGGAGCCUGCAGUUGUGAAGAUAAAUGCUAUAAAUGCUGCUACCGAGGCAGCUUGCCUUAUUUUAAGUGUUGAUGAAACUGUGAAAAACCCUAAGUCGGAGAGUGCACAAGGAGAGGCUGCUGCAAGUGUUAUGGGUGGUCGAGGACGUGGAGCUGCUUUCCGUGGCCGCGGCCGAGGCAUGCGCAGGCGAUGAGUUUGUCAAAGUUAAUUGUUAUUGAGGUUGCAAGAGAUUUCUGUAAGAUAAAUGGUUUUGAUUCUCUUUUCGUUUUAUGUGCUCAUUUGAUCUGGUCUUGUAAGCCAUGAACACACCAAACAGUGAGCAUGAGUUGGGAAACACAUCUGGACUUUGAUAGCUAACUGGUCUCUCCCUCUCUCUAAAAAGUCAUUCAACUGGUCAUUUGAGUUUGAUUUUGUAACACAGUAGCAGAUCGGAUAAGAUAUUUUGUAGUGAGAAAUGUAUUGUGAGAGGAACUUGAACUGGCAACGGGCCUGUAGCCACUCGUUUCUUAAACUACCUUAUGGUUUUAGCUAAUUAACUAAGUGUACCCUUUUAUGACAA